UAUAUCUAAAGAAGAGAUGAUGGUGAUAAAGUGGUCUUCAUGAUUGAUAGAAAUUCCAGAAACAAGGAUUUGAUCGAAAGAGAUCAGAGUGAUUGUGAUGUAGGAAUGUGCGAUGGAGAGAACCAAAGUUCAGAGGCUUUACGAUGCUUGUAACGCUGUCUUUUGUGCUCAUCAGCAGGCCGGGGAGGCCGGCCGGUACCUCCCCUCAUUCCGACAGAUUCACUCCCUCAAAAAUCUCCUCAGCGCAUACAUAUGUAGAACUGACAUGCCAGAGAUUGUCUGUAAUCGACUUGCAGACACGAUUGAGGCCGUAGACGUUGGGAUAGAUGAGUAUGGUGGCGGAUCACCCUCACCUUCUUCCAGCCCUGACUCGAGCAAGGAGCUAAUACGUGCGCAAGCAAUCGACAAGAUCACUUACAUUCACAUCCACGAGUGCGACAAUUUCUCGAUUGGGAUGUUCUGCUUCCCGGCUGGAGGGACGUUUCCUCUGCACGAUCACCCGGGAAUGACAGUGCUCAGCAAGCUCCUCUACGGAUCGAUGUACGUAAAAGCCUACGACUGGGUUAAAUUCGACACCUCCAACUACCGAACAAUUGGAUUGGCGGGAAAGGUAAUGGACGGGGUGAUGGAGACGCCCUGUGAGCCAUCCGUACUGUUCCCGAGGAGCGGAGGGAACAUUCACGCCUUCACCGCCUUGACUCCUUGCGCUAUACUGGACGUCUUAUCUCCGCCGUACUCCGAUGAGCUCGACCGCCCCUCCACUUACUUUCUCGACUAUCCCAUUCCCUCCCUCCCUGGUUAUGCCGUGCUCGAGGAGAGGGACGUGCCGGAAGAAUUAGUAGUGGCUGGAGCACCGUAUCUUGGUCCACCAAUUGUCACCAAAGAGGACCCGUGUUUUCUACAGGAUUAUCGGCCUUAGUAUACGAUGGAGGCCCAAUGGACUAAAAUGAGAUAAGGGUACACAGGAAUGAAGAAGGGUUAUCGCGAUGAAAUCGAACUCAAGUUCUUGCGCUGCCAAGACGGGAUAGAUCGUAACUGCAUAUAUAUGUAUAGGAGACGUGUGAUAGGGAUCUUAUAGUGUAAAUGUCUACCUGUUCGUUUAUACGUGACAGAAGAAAAUGUGCUCUCCUUAAAUAACCCAAAAUUUGCAUCUCUUUAUUUUGAUUUUUGAUUUAAA